GGAGGAGGUGACGCAGUAGGCCAGCGCCGGCGUCGCGACAGCGGCUUCAGAGGAAGCUCGGCGGCGGUGGCCGCGGCUAGCAGGCCGGACGUUUACUCGCUGGCUGGGCUUCCUCUGGAGCUGGCGAAGGCGGGGCCUGCGGUCCAGGCUGCUGCCGCGUCGGGGCCGGCGGCGGGACAGGUGCCGGGAGCGAGGGGGCAGAGUCCCUCUGACACCUAGGCUGAAGUGCAGUAGUGUGAUAUCAGCUCACUGCAACCUCUGCCUCCCUGGAUUCAAGCAGUUCUCCUGCCUCGGACUCCCAAGUAUCUGGGACUACAGCUGCAUCCAGAUCUCAUUAUGCAUCAGAAAAAUGAAAAAACAGAGGAAAAUUCUAUGGAGGAAAGGAAUCCACUUAGCCUUUUCCGAGAAAUGGAAUACUGGGUUUGGAGGCUUUAAGAAGUUUUAUUUUCACCAACACUUGUGCAUUCUGAAAGCUAAGCUGGGAACGCCAAUUACUUGGAAUAGACACUUCAGACGUUUCCAGUGUAGAAAGAAAGCCCUUCAAAUCCAGAAAACGUGGAUCAAGGAUGAACCCCUUUGUGCUAAGACCAAGUUCAGUGUGGCUACUCAAAAUGUUAGUACUUUGUCCUCUAAAGUGAAAAGAAAGGACACUAAACACUUCAUUUCCUCUUCAAGAACUCUUCUGAGACUCCAAGCAGAGAAGUUGCUGUCAUCAGCAAAGAAUUCUGACCAUGAAUACUGCAGAGAGAAAAAUCUCUUGAAGGCAGUUGCUGACUUUCCAUCAAAUAGUGCUUUAGGUCAGGCCAGUGGUCACAGACCUAGGACAGAACCACAAGCUUCUGACUUUCCCAUGAAGUUCAAUGGGGAGAGCCAAAGUCCAGGUGAGAGUGGCACGAUUGUGGUCACCUUGAGCAACCAUAAGAGAAAGUGCUUUUGUUAUGGCUGCUGCCAAGGGCCGGAGCGCCACAGGAAUGGGGGACCCUUGAUUCCAAAAAAGUUCCAACUUAACCAACAUAGAAGAAUAAAAUUAUCUCCUCUUAUGAUGUAUGAAAAAUUAUCCAUGAUUAGAUUUCGGUACAGGAUUCUCAGAUCCCAGCACUUCAGAACCAAAAGUAAAGUUUGCAAGCUGAGAAAAGCCCAGCGAAGCUGGGUGCAGAAGGUCACUGGGGACCAUCAAGAGACCCUUAGGGAGAACAUUGAGGGUGGCAGUUGUAGCCCAUUUCCUUCCCCGGAACCUAAAGACCCUUCUUGUCGGCAUCAACCGUACUUUCCAGAUAUGGACAGCAAUGCUGUGGUGAGGGGGACGAACUCUCAUAUGCCUGAUGGCCACACUAAAGGAAGCCCUUUCUUGGGCAAGGAACUUAGUUUAGACGAAGCAUUCCCUGACCAACAGAAUGGCAGUGCCACACAUACCUGGGACCAGUCACCCUGUUCUUCUCCUAAGUGGGAGUGUACAGAGCUGAUUCAUGACAUCUCCUUACCAGAACAUCAUUCUAGUACCAUGUUCAUUUCAGAAACCGAAAGAGAUAUUAUGACUCUGGGUCAGGAAAAUCGGACAAGUUCUGUCAGUGAUGUCAGAGUAAAACUGUCAGUGUCUGGAGCAGAUACAUCUGUAAGUAGUGUAGAUGGGCCUGUGUCCCAAAAGGCUGUUCAAAAGGAGAACUCAUACCAGAUGGAGGAGGAUGGAUCUCUCAAGCAAAACAUUCUUAGUUCUGAGUUGCUGGACCACCCUUACUGUAAAAGUCCACUGGAGGCUCCCCUGGUGUGCAGUGGAAUCAAACUAGAAAAUCAAGUAGGAGGUGGGAAGAACAGUCAAAAAGCCUCUCCAGUGGAUGAUGAACAGCUCUCAGUCUGUCUUUCUGGAUUCCUAGAUGAAGUUAUGAAGAAGUAUGGCAGUUUGGUUCCACUCAGUGAGAAAGAAGUCCUUGGAAGAUUAAAAGAUGUCUUUAAUGAAGACUUUUCUAAUAGAAAACCGUUUAUCAAUAGAGAAAUAACAAACUAUCGGGCCAGACAUCAAAAAUGUAACUUCCGUAUCUUCUAUAAUAAACACAUGCUGGAUAUGGACGACCUGGCGACUCUGGAUGGUCAGAACUGGCUGAAUGACCAGGUCAUUAAUAUGUACGGUGAGCUGAUAAUGGAUGCAGUCCCAGACAAACCUCUUUCAACUCUUAUCACCUGGUUUGGAGAGAUUUGUCAGGUUGCUUCUCUUCUUGAUUGGAUUCAGGUUCACUUCUUCAACAGCUUUUUUCAUAGACAGCUGGUAACCAAAGGAUAUAAUGGAGUAAAAAGAUGGACUAAAAAGGUGGAUUUGUUUAAAAAGAGUCUUCUGUUGAUUCCUAUUCAUCUGGAAGUCCACUGGUCUCUCAUUACUGUGACACUCUCUAAUCGAAUUAUUUCAUUUUAUGAUUCCCAAGGCAUUCAUUUUAAGUUUUGUGUAGAGAAUAUAAGAAAGUAUUUGCUGACUGAAGCCAGAGAAAAAAAUAGACCUGAAUUUCUUCAGGGUUGGCAGACUGCUGUUACAAAGUGUAUUCCACAACAGAAAAAUGACAGUGACUGUGGAGUCUUUGUGCUCCAGUACUGCAAGUGCCUCGCCUUAGAGCAGCCUUUCCAGUUUUCACAAGAAGACAUGCCCCGAGUGCGGAAGAGGAUUUACAAGGAGCUAUGUGAGUGCCGGCUCAUGGACUGAAACUCAGCAGGGACUCUGGGAAGUCUGACCAAGUUGGAGCAGAUGGUUUGUUACUUGAAUCUCCAAACACUUAGUUGAAUUUUUACAGAUAUUUCAGAUCAGUGGUGUUGGGCCACUAUUGUUACCUCAAAUUUAUUUUUUGCCCUUAUUCUUUCUCCAGCUACCAUGUACUAUUGUUUAAUGUUCAGUUUGGUUUCAUUUUUAAUUUUAUGGAUUCCGUGCGUCCCCCAUAUUUAAUAUUUAUUAUUCAAACGCAUGCAUAUAGACAGAGCAUGCAGUGAAGAGUAUUAAAAAAAAAAAGCUUAGUAGAUUUGGUGCAGCUUUUGAAACUUAGUUAGAUGUGAACUGAAUACAGGUUUCCAAUUUAUUCCCAGAACCUAAAAAUGCAAGAUGUUUUUGAUACAACAUAACUCUGAGAAUAGUAAGUGUUCCCUGGGGCAUUAAGGGUAGCUAGGAGUGGUUUUGACAAAUCCAGUCCUGUUUUGCUUUUACCAGUGGCACCUUUCACUGACUUCCCUCUCCAAGUGAGUCUUGGAGAGUGCAAUUCAUUCCUUUCGAAGGGUGAGAUGGAAGUGGUCGUAAACUGACUGGUGUGUUCUGUUUCAGGAGGCACACUUGUAAGCACAGUGCCUCCUUUGGGAAGAGUAAAUUAAGGUGUGAGAAAAAGACAGCAACUUCGGGGGCCAGUAAAAAUGACAGAUUUCAGUCGUGAUUUUAAGAAUUAUAAUACAUGGUAUACAUCUUAUAAAGGCUUUUGCUGGGAUAGUGAAUUCCCUGGAUUUUUCUAGUUUUGACCUGUUCAAAAACUCUUAUCCCAUCAAACCUAGUAAAACAAGUAAGAAUGCAGCUAGGAGUAAAUUAUAAGUUGUCAUUUCCCUGUGUUGCCUCCCAAUCGAAAGAAGUUAAGGUUUACCAAAUCUAUUUCUAUUUUCAAGGGUAUCUGAAAUUUAAACAUUCAAAAUUGAAGACUGACUGACUUUAAUCUUUUGCAAGUGGCUGGAGAGAAGAGGGAAGGUAGCAAAGGCAACUUACUCCCAUGGGAGUGCAGCAACUGCUUCAGGUUUUUUUCUCCUGUCCCUUUAGUGAUCUCAGUAACAUGCAGGGCACAUCUGGCUUCUGCAUGACGAAUGCUGACACUGGCGCAGUUGUUUUUUCUCCUUCUUUUGGUCGUCUUCUGAAGGAAGGUCUAAAUGGCCUUGUCCAUACAUUUAGCUGCAUUAGGAUUAAUGUCAUACACCUUACAUCUUUAAUCCAGCCCUUUGUGACAUUGGAAGGGAAAGCCGUAUGUUAAACCUACCCAAUUAUCUUUUCUGAAUCUGGGGAGGAAAAACAACCAGUGUAUGUAUGAGAAACUCAGAAGUUUGAAUAGAAAAACACCAAGUAAAUGGCAGAAGAUACUCAAAUUUAUGCCUGGGUAGGUUUGGGAUGUUGAAAAAGCUAAAUUGUUUAAUUUCACAUGGCUGAGAAGGCUGAUGCCAGCAAUUGAGGACUGAGUCAGACCAUGUUUACAUGCAGGGUUCCCAACACCAGGGGUGACACUGGGAAGCAGCCCCAGCACUUUUCUCUCCUGAGUCCUCCAGACUCAAAAUCCUUAAUUUAAAACCAGGUCAGUGUUUCUUACUGUGUUUCAAGUUGUUACAAAGACUGAAAGUAGAGGCACUUUAUGCUGUUAUAGGUGGGGUUCUGUCAGCGUUAGGAAAAAUGACAGUUUAAGGUGAGGAAGAGCUUUUCAUGAGUUUUUCAAACAUAAUUAUGCAAACAUGAGAUUUUUCAAAACAUAUGCCAGAAAUUUGCCUCUAAUUCUUUUUGGUGGGGGUGCAGUAUACAAAGUAGCCAGUCACUGGGCCAUUGAUUCACAAUGUCUUGUGCUUCUGAAUGAGGAAGUAUUUCAGUUCUUCAUUGACAGAACCUGGCAUGCAGAAGAGACAGAAUUGUUCCUGUAAGAAAAUCAACGCCCAGAGCAUGAGCUGCUGUUUCCUCCAGUCUGCAAAAUGUGAGCUGUCCAAGUCCAGUGACUCUCACUUCCAGCUUAAUGCUUCAUAGGGCAUCUUGAGGUGUGCCGCCAGCGUGGCUUAGACUAAAUGUUGAGUUUGGUCUUUUUUCCCUGUUUUUUUUUUUUUGAGACAGAGUCUCGCUGUCACCCAGGCUGGAGUGCAGUGGCAUGAUCUUGAUCUCUAAAUUAGGUAUAAACCUCUGUUUAACUUAAGUCCUAGAUCAGAAUGUCCUUUUUUUCUGAUGUUUACAGUAAUUGCUUCCUUGGUUAAUAAAGGUAUUUUUGAAACACAUUCUGGACUGUUGGUGAAAGAGGCAGAUGUGGUUUUACUGGUACUAGUUUGGCACUGAACUGUUUGGGUGCCCACGAGGUAGGCAGACCUUAUACCUUUUUUUUUUUUUUUUUUGAGACAAGAGUCUCACUCUAUUGCCCAGGCUGGAGUGCAGUGGCACAAUCUCAGCUCACUACAACCUCGGUCUCCUGGGUUCAAGCAGUUCUCCUGCCUCAGCCUCCCGAGUAGCUGGGACUACAGACACACACUAUCAUGCCCAGCUAAUUUUUGUAUUUUUAGUAGAGACAGGGUUUCACCAUGUUGGUCAGGCUGGUCUCAAAUUCCUGACCUCAGGUGAUCCACCUGCCUUACCUCCCAAAGUGCUGGGAUUACAAGUGUGAGCCACUGUGCCCAGCCUAGACCUAAUGCUUUUGAGGUUGAGUGCAGGCCUUGUGUUAACUAAAAGCUACUUUUGAUGAGCCUUCAGCAAGCUGCCCAGUACUCUCCUCAGCAAACAUACCAGGCUGUAGUUACUUCUUUACAGCAGUCUUUCCUUUUGUUAAAUCCAUAGCAAUGAAUAUAGAUUUAAUUCAACUUUUAGUUAAGUUCUCUCAAGAAUCCUAACCAACUUUCUGUUGGCCCCCUGAGAAGGGGAAAAGAAGUUGCUGCCAAUAAUCCCCAAACUGUUUUUGGCUUUGCAUUCUCUUUUCUACCUAGCACUGGAUCUGAGUAACACUGUCAUCCUGGAUUUAUAGUUGGAAGAAAACAGUAACAGACCUAACUGGGACUCAGCCAGCACUGGUCUCAUCUUAGCUGCCCUUUUUCUCUGCAGUUAGAGUUUACUGCUUCCCUGGGUUAGAAGUAAUUGGGGGGUCUGGGCAGGUCAGACUCUUUGGGCAAGACAGUCUAUUAAUAGUGUGAAAUAGAGAUACUGAUUUCUUGCUUUGCUUAGUUAAGAAACGGAAUUAAAUCAGCAGUUAUAAAGCACAUACUUUUGUUAUGUGCUAGGCUCUGCCUCCUGGCCUGUAGAUAAUUAAGACGACCCAGGGAAUACCAUCAGAGAAGUGCUCAUUGCAUUUGGGUGUUACAAAAGCAGACCUUGACAGGCUGUUCACUUAACUGGUUGUUGGUCAGAAAAAAUUUAUUUAAAAAGAUUAUCAUCAUAAGAAAUUGCAGUACUCAACCCUUCUAGCAAAAUAUUUUUUUGAAAAAUAAACUAAAUGCCUUUAUAAA